AUGAAUAAGAUCCCAAUUGAACGAUUACUAAAUCCAGUACAUCAAGAAUUUCCUCAUGAAAAACUCAAGAACAUCAACAAUAAACUUCUAGCUUUAUGUUCCAAACUACCUUCAGAAAAUGAACAGUUUGAAAAAGACAAAGCAGAGCUAGAGAAGAUACUUCCAUCUCUAAACAUUCUCAUAAGAGAAUGUGGUUCUUCGAAGGAAGAUCAGAAGAUGGUUCAUAGAAUACAUCAGUUAUCCUCCGUCUUUUCCUUGCUAUUAAAUGAAGUAUCUGAAUUAAAAUCUAAAAGGAGCCAAUUUCUUCGUUCCAAACCAAAGUAUCAUCUUCCUUAUGCAGCUGCACUUGGUAAUACAGGUAAAGAGGGUAUGGUUUUCAACAUUGUUACACAAGAUACGUUAAAUUCUGCUAGAAGGUCAAAUAAGACUUAUAGAGGACAUCGACUUCCUAAACAUAUAACACGUUUACUGGAGUCCUGGUUCAAUAGAAACAUCGAGCAUCCUUACCUGCAAACUAGUUCCAUGAAGGAACUCAUGGUUGAGACUAAAUUAUCAGGACCUCAAAUUAAAAACUGGGUGUCUAAUAGAAGAAGAAAAGAGAAAUCACUUACGAUUUCUUUUGAAGUAUCGGAGUUAGUGAAGGAAAGUAAACAGGGUACUGAAGAAUUGAACGAGUAA